CCACAAAAAAAAAAAAAAAAAAGGGCCUGUACUUAUUGCAAAUUACAAAAUGGCCACAAGGCCGACAGGUAGGCAGGCACGCACCGACUACUCCGCAAGUUUUAGUAGCGAACUUGGGUGCUGGUUGAGUAAUAUGUGUAACGCAUAGUUGACACUUGACACAGCCAGAUUCUAGGCAGAGAUGAGGGCAUUUGCAGUUGCAAUUGCAGUCUGCCUCUCCCUCUUUCUCUCAUUUGUGUUUUCUCUUCGUAACCGUACGCUCUCUCCAGACACAUUUUCAUCAUCAGUAUGCCAGCUCAGCAACCAGCCCCACCCUCGAACUCUCAGAUUCAAUCAGUUCACCGUCCUCAUCAACGGCUAUUCCGAGUCCCGCCUCCCUCUACUCCAGUCCAUCGCAGCCACUUACUCGGCGUCCCCGCUAGUAGCCUCUGUGCUGGUCCUCUGGGGAAACCCCUCCACCCCACCCCUUACUCUAGCCCAAUUGGCCCACAACCUAUCAGUCUCAUCCAUGGGCAGCGCCGCCAUCUCCCUUGUGCCCCAAGCAUCGACCAGCCUGAACGCCCGAUUCCUGCCAAGGUCAUCGAUCGGGACACGCGGCGUUCUGGUGUGCGAUGACGACGUGGAGGUGGAUCUGAAAACGGUGGAAUUCGCGUUCAGGAUGUGGAGGGGGAAUCCGGAGCGUCUGAUAGGGAUAUUCGUGAGAUCGCAUGAUAUAGAUAUGAGACGGAAGGAGUGGAUUUAUACGGUGCAUCCGGACAAGUAUUCCAUUGUGCUGACCAAGUUCAUGAUGAUGAAGACGGAGUAUUUGUUCAAGUACAGUUGCGGAGGCGGGGCCCCCAUGCGUGAGAUGAGGAGGAUGGUUGAUAAGAUGCGUAAUUGCGAGGAUAUUCUGAUGAACUUCGUGGUGGCAGAGGAGACCAAUGCGGGGCCUAUGAUGGUAGGGGCAAAAAGGGUCAGAGAUUGGGGAGACCCAAGAAAUGAAGACGACGAUGGUGUUAGACUAGUACGAGAGGUGGGGCUGAGCAGUAGGAGAGCGGAGCAUCGCAAGAGGAGAGGGGAUUGCAUAACGGAGUUCCAUAGAGCUUUUGGAAGGAUGCCCCUCAGAUACAGUUAUGCCAAACUGGUUUCUUCUGUUGGAGAGCAAGGUCUUUGUCAGAAAGGCGCCAAUUUGGUGCUCUGUGAUCAUUGAAUUUUGAUCAAUGGAAAAACAAUCAGUUAAAUGAGAAAAACCACAUUCCAUUUCUCUUUCUCUUUGUUUGUUUACAGAUCGUAUGAGUAUCACAGCACAAUCAAAUUGGACAGACGAUUCAAGUCAAUAUGGAAUUGAACGCUCCUUUUCUUUUUCCAACUACCUGUAAUGGGUGAGGAUCAAAGUCCCUUACUACUUCAAAGUGGAUGACAGUGAGGAACAGUUGGGGAUUUUUAGAUGCAAAUCAAUUCGAACUCAACAUAUAGUAAACUAAAAGAGUCGACCCAAGGUAGAGCCAUAUCCACCAUUUUCGUAAAUCGUCUCCAUGAAUUAGAAUAAAA